UCUCUUGGAGCUGCUUGAAACUAUAAAGUGAAGCAGACAGAAAGAACCAGUCAGACACUUCAGCCUGACUGAGCAGAAAAUAAACUUGUGAACUCCAAGCAAAAAUUUUCGACCAGAAAUAGGACAAAAGAAACACAGGGCCAUCUUUAUUUUUGUUACAAUAAGAAGAGGUGGGACUGGGAGGAAAACAUUUCUUUUGAGGAUUUCGCUUCUUCCAAUAGUUUGAACGAUCUGUGCCUUAUUGUUAGGAGCUUGUCGAGAUUUGGAAGGUGUCUGCAAAGGAACUCAUCAGACAGAAACGAAUUGUCCACAGUGAAAAGACUAUUUCUGAAGACUUGUUGGAGAAGGACGGUUGAUAGAUAUUUCAAGGCAUAAAAAAAUCUAUCCAUAUCUUCUCUAGAUUUAAUUUGCAUCUAUUUCAUCCUUCCAUCCAGUUGCCAGCUAUGGCUUUGUUUAGUCAUUUCCAUGUUGGAUGCUCCAUGUCAGAGGUGUGCUUCUUUGUCUCUUUAAUGCUUCUGGCUAUAGUGGGUGAGUUCAGCCUUUCCCUAGCUGCGCAGGUGAGUACCUGUGAAGCAAAUGGCAGUAUUUACUAUGUUGGUGAGUGGUACUUCCUGGACUCAGAUCACUGCACUCAAUGUGAGUGCACCACAGAGGGCCCAGCCUGUUCAAGGACAGAGUGCACAGCCCUGCCACCAGCCUGCAUGCACGUCAGCCACUACCCUACAGACUGUUGCCCCCGCUGUGAGAAGAUUGGCUGUGAAUACAGAGGAGAAGUGUAUGAGCUGGGAGAACAAUUCCAGCCCUCAGAAUGUGAGCAGUGUACGUGUGACACGGAUGGAAUUGCCCGCUGCCUGGUAGCAGACUGUGCCCCUCCUCCAUGCGUUAACCCUGUGUAUGAGAAGGGAGAGUGCUGUCCACGAUGUAAAGAUGGCCCAAAUUGCUAUUCCGAUGCCUCUCAGAGCCGUGUGAUCCCUGGUGGUCAAUACGUUUGGGUGGAUUCGUGCACCAAGUGCCGUUGUCAUGAUGGACAAGAUGUCGGCUACUGGGAGGGAAAUCGACUUGCAAAGUGUGAGAAAACAAAGAACUGUAACCCAGAUGAAGACAGAGAAAAUUCUUAGAAAUACAGUGCUUACCCUUAUACUGAUCCUGAUCACUCCGUAAACAUCAGAACACUUCAGCAGUACAUCAUUGGAUGAACAGUGGGCUGACCUCCUCACUAAGACUGCACCCCCUUCUUCUAUGAUGACAUAUUUCUGUGUGAAUAACCAAAGAAUGGAGAUAUUGCAAACCACAUAUUUCACUUUAUUAACUUUAGGGGAGGCACAUAAUAAAAAUGCCCUUCUCAGUGCGUAAUUCCAAGUAAUUUUGUAUUCCCGAAGUUAGUGGGCACCUAUAGAAAAAGUGUCAGGAAGGUUAGAAAGGAGCAGCGCCGCUAAGAACAUGCAACCAAAUGUCAUUGCACUGCACCUUUACCACUUUAUUGCUCCUUUGCAUUCAGCACAUUGGUAUUUGUAGUAUUACAGCUACAGGCUGCAAUGACACUAGCAACGCCAUAUUGUUUAUCUGCCAAAGACUAACCCAUAUCUAUAUUGUCUCAUACCCACUCUCUGGCUAAACUGACCCAUGGCUGGAUCCAUGUGAAUUCCAAACAUUUGCCUGAGCCUGAUCCAUUUCCAGUUUAGGAAUUCACAUUCUAAGGCAAUUUUAUUUGCUGGUGUCAGAUGUAAAUUUGCAGCAAAAAUUUCAGAAAAAUUAUUGGAACUAUUUAUGCCCCAAAACAGAAGACUUCAAGAAUUCUUUUCAUCACCAGUCAAUUUAUCUGGCAGUCUUUUCUUAUCCUUUAGUUAUCCUGGGUAAAUAAAAUAUAUCAUAGAUCAUUUACUUGUAAAAUGCUUUGAAUGUGCUUAUUUAUAUUUAGGAAGGUGUAAUAGGUUUAAGCAUUUUAUGUGUGUGUUUAUUUGAGAGUCCUAUCCUAAUUAUAUCAUAUGGGACUUACAUAUUAUCCCAAGACACAAUGAGGCAGAUUUAUCAAAGGUCGAGGUAAAUUUUCGAAUGAAAAAAAAUCGAAUUUCGAGCUAUUUUUUGUGU